GAGAAGAGCGUCACAGGGAAACAUAAUUUCUCUUCUUCCCGGCAGGGAGGAUGGGAGCCGGGGAGCUAGGUUUCAGUUGGACUGAAGACUCCGCCUCCGAUUGGAGGCUUGGGGGCGGGACCAGAAAGGGACUGGAACUGGAGGUGGUGGGGUCCGCUCUCAGACAAUGUCUUGGGAAAGAGACUGUUGUUCUAAAUGUUAUCUUUGGUACUUAUUUUUUCACUUACGGGGUUUCAGAGAGCAUCCACAAACUGAAAGAAAAAGCGAAGAAACGGAAGGGCCGCGGCUUUGGGUCCGAAGAGGGGUCUCGAGCGCGGAUGCGUGAGGAUUACGACAGCGUGGAGCAGGAUGGCGAUGAGCCCGGACCACAGCGCUCUGUUGAAGGCUGGAUUCUCUUUGUCACUGGAGUCCAUGAGGAAGCCACGGAGGAAGAUAUCCAUGACAAAUUUGCAGAGUAUGGGGAGAUAAAAAACAUCCACCUCAACCUGGACAGGCGGACAGGGUACCUGAAGGGGUAUACUCUAGUUGAGUAUGAAACAUACAAGGAGGCCCAGGCUGCUAUGGAGGGGCUCAAUGGCCAGGAUUUGAUGGGACAGCCGAUCAGUGUGGACUGGUGUUUUGUUCGGGGUCCACCCAAGGGCAAGAGGAGAGGUGGCCGAAGACGAAGCAGGAGUCCAGACCGGAGACGUCGCUGACAGGACAUGUGUUGUCCAGGUGUUCCCUCCAGAGAUUCCAUUUGACCAUGCAGCCUUGGAGAAGUAGGGCUGGGGUGGAACUCACUGUUUAUAUUUAAUCUUUAACCCUAUUGCUUAGUGUGUUGGGGGUUUAUGUUUUGUCUUUUGAGUUAUAAAUAAAUGUACCAUUUUUGUUUUCUACAUUUAAAAUUAUUUUCUUGCUCUAACCUUUUAAGCUCUAAAGUACUAUUUACAGUAAGGCAGUAUGGGUGAAGACACGGUGAAGAUAAUUCUCCCAGUAACUGAAUUCUGUGUGAGUUUCUACAUUAGACAGUCUCAAGUCUCAAAGGGUCAAAGUAGAAACACUGCUUAGUAUUUAUUUUUCUUGGAACUAAGAGAGUAGGGGUAGAAGUGAGAUGUUUUCAGGAUAUUAAAGAAUAAUUCUGUUUCUAUAUACUCUGUCCUGAACAAAUGGAUGUUCCAGGAAUGUUUCUUUGUUUCUCUUGCCCUUGUUGCCAUAUUUUUUGCACCUCCAGCUGUCUAAGGGCUUAAAUCUCCUACUGGGGCAUUCUCCUAGAUUCUCCUUCCUUGAAGGAGUCUGUACAAAGUUCUUGGUGUCCACUUUGGCGGCCAAGGGUGAAAGCCCCUUGGAGAUGAUCCAGAGGAGCACCGACAAGGCCAAAGGGGAAAAAGAUGUGCUGAUGCUGGGUGGAGCUUCAACUAGGGUUGUGGGAGAGAACCAGUACCGGAGACCUAGCAGGUAGUGAAGUGUCCAUCAGAGGACAAAGGUCAGGGCCAGUCGCAGGUCCACAGACGGACACAGGGGUGAUUGUCUAAGGGCAAAUUCACCGGCAGGGGCUGGGAAUUUACAAAAUAUACUGAAAUUCAGAACCAUUCAGCUCCUGACCUGAGUAUAGGGUUAAUUGACAGGUGGGCAGUGAGAUGGAGCUUUCCCCGACCAGGAAGAAAAUGCUGCAAGCCCCCUUCUCCUUUCCAGCCUAGGACUAUAUGCUCCCUUUCCCCGAGGGAUUAGGACAGACCUGCUGAAGGAAGGGUUUGAUUGAGGUGCUGUUACAUGAAGUACUAAGUCUACUUUAAGACUUCGUGGUGUCCCAGAGUAAAGGAGAAUGCGGACCACCUUUCUCCCUAAUCCUGUCCACCCAGCUCAAGUUCAGAUGAUGCCUAGAGGCUGGUUAGAAUUGAAGGCAUUCAAGAAAAUUAUGCAGCAUCAGGUACUAGAAAUACAGUUAGGAUCUCACUUUUGGUUUGAUAGGUAGCUAUCAGAAAAAUAAAUGAGGCUAGUGCAAUAGUUUGAGGGUAUGGAUUAGGGCCUAGGGAUUGACGUUCCACCUUGUCAGGGAACUAGACACACUGAAGAUAAGGUGGCUAUAGCAGGUGGCCAUGGCAAUCAGUGACGACAGAAUGGGCAGCAGAAGAUAAAGAGGUUAUAGGUAGUCUCUUGCCAUUGAGCUUUGAAGCUGCCUUUGGUGACACACUGAGUAAAGGGGCCUGGGUCAGCUUGGCGGAUGGUAUGGAAUAGGAACAGCUGGAAUGGGGUUGAGGACUAUUAGAACUGGUCCCCUUCCACCCCAGCCUACCCACCAGUGUCACUCCAUCUGUUCCCAAUUCAUCCUUAAAUCUGCAGAAUAGUUUAGUGCUGAGUUAUGGUUCAUCCACAGUGCCAGUAUUUAAAAGGUUAAGUUUGUUAAAUUCUGGGACUUAAAGAAUCCUGUCUUUUUUUUCUUUCUCUACAAGUACUAUGAUAAAGAUUACACUUUAUAAUAGGCUAUCUCUACCACCUCACCAACAUUUUUAGCUGAAAUGGUUUUUCUGAUGUGUUGUCUAAUUCUGUGGCCAAAAAUUUUGUGUAAAAUGGGUGCUGCUAAAGUUUCAGGCCAUUGUGCAGCCACUCUGAAGUGACCUUUAGUAAUAGUCUUAUGUACAAUAACUAUAAUGCUGAAACAAUGUUAAAUAAUAAAAUUUAACAUUUUCUGAA